AUGCAAACCGCCCGCAGCCGUCCAAAGCACAUCCUGCUACCCGCAAGAGUCCGUGUCAAUAUCAUUUACAGGAGGCCUCCUAUGCGACCGAUGGUGACCAACGAAGAAAACUUUGUACCAAAACGCAGAUACGCUCCACCGCCACCACCACCUACUACAAAGGCAGAAAUUGAGCCGACCACCCAGCCAACUACCAGUCCAAGCAUUGAUUCCUGGAACCUACCUUCGGUCAAUUUAUACGCAUGA